ACCCCCAAUCUUCUUCUUCUACUUCACUGAGUGAACUCGGAAGCUCUCUCGCCGAUUCUCCAAUGGCGCUCGCUCACUACUCCGUUGCCGUUCCCGUCGAAGCCGCAAAGCAGCCGAAGACUUCGAUUCUGAAACCGUCUGCUUCUUCUUCCGAGUCUCACUCUUCACUCUUCUUCUCCGCCUCCAAGCCUCGAAGCCUUUCAAUCUCUUCCCGAAUCGGACGUAAACUCAGUCACUUCCACUCUCCGGCGGCUCAGGCCGAGCCGCAGGAGUCUCCGGCCAGCUUGGCCGCGGAGGCUUUCAGUCAAUUCAAGCAUGUGCUUUUGCCGAUCACCGAUCGCAAUCCCUAUCUCUCUGAAGGAACAAGACAGGCUAUAGCUACUUCUGCUGCUUUGGCGAACAAGUAUGGUGCUGACAUUACUGUUGUGGUUAUUGAUGAGAAGGAGAAGGAGUCGAUUCCAGAGCAUGAGACGCAGCUUUCGACCAUCCGCUGGCAUCUUUCUGAAGGUGGAUUCCAAGAAUUUAAGCUGUUAGAGCGACUUGGCGAAGGAGUCAGCAAGCCAACAGCAAUCAUCGGAGAGGUUGCUGAUGACCUGAAUCUGGAUUUAGUUGUCUUAAGCAUGGAAGCUAUUCAUUCCAAGCAUGUGGACGCAAACCUGCUUGCUGAGUUCAUUCCUUGCCCUGUCAUACUUUUGCCAUUGUAACUGUACUCACUUCUUUCCUUUGAUAUUUCACAUGUAUUGUGUAACUCAAGGAAUGACUUUUAGAAAUGCCAGUUUCUUGUGACCGGUUCUUUGACUUAUUUGACUUCGUAGUCUUGUCUAUUCAGAAAAAGAUGAAAUAUUGAUGUUCAA